AUGGCAACUUUAAAUGAAAAGAAGACCUGCAGCGAACGUAUGGCAGAUUUCCGUCGUUUCGUCUGGAAUCCAGAAACAAAGCUCUUCAUGGGAAGGUCCUUAAUUAACUGGGUGUGGAUCAGCCUCUACUACCUGGCUUUCUACGUGGUGAUGUCGGGGCUGUUUGCACUCUCCAUUUAUUGUUUAAUGAGGACGAUUAAUCCGUACGAGCCGGAUUACCAAGACCAGCUGAAAUCCCCAGGUGUAACCUUACGACCUGAUGUUUAUGGGGAUAGAGGACUACAAAUUUAUUACAACGUAUCUGACAACAAAACCUGGGAAGGCUUAGUGACAACUCUUCACACUUUUCUGACAGCAUAUACACCAGCUGCUCAGCAUCUGAACAUCAACUGCACCAAUAACACAUACUUCAUCCAGGACACCUUUGAUGGCCCGAAUAAAACAAAACUAUCCUGCAAAUUUACCUCAGACAUGCUUCAAAACUGCUCCGGCAUCACAGACCCAACUUUUGGAUUUCCAGAAGGAAAGCCCUGUUUUAUUAUAAAAAUGAACAGGAUCAUCAAGUUUUACCCUGGCAAUGGCACUGCACCAAGGGUGAACUGCACAUAUGUGGUAAGGGGUGAGGAGUCUCGCCAGCUGGAGGUGGACUACUACCCUGUGAAUGGCACCUUCAACCUGCACUACUUCCCCUACUACGGGAAAAAGGCUCAGCCCAGCUACAGCAAUCCCUUGGUAGCUGUGAAAUUUCUCAACAUUACAAGGAAUGUAGAACUUAAAAUAGUGUGCAAAAUCAUUGGAGCUGGAAUUACCUUUGAUAAUUUUCAUGAUCCGUAUGAAGGAAAAGUGGAAUUUAAACUGAAAAUAGAAGACUGAGCAGCAACAGAGACACUUCUGAAAGAUGUAAGAAGAGUAAACUUAACCUUUAUCACAUUCAUCUAUA